AUGGCUUGUCCCGCGGUCGCAUCACCUCAGCCACCAGAGUAUCCGCAUUCCACUGCACCUCUCCCCGAAUUGCCGGACCGCCAAAGCCUUUCCCCGGAGCUGGACCGUCAGAUCUCGGAGCUGAUCAGCGCGAUGGAAGCGGCGCGAGAGGCCAGCGAUCGCGUGCGGCGGCUUUUUUGCCGCUCGCUGUACCCGUGUAUCAAGCGCGAGCUUGGAUCUCUCCGCGAGGAAGGGCCGCCUGGAGAUGCGAAAGUUGGCGGCGAGAACGGCGGUGAAGGCGGCGAAAACGGCGGUGAAGGCGGCGAGAACGGCGGUGAAGGCGGCGGGAAACGCGCAAGUACUCAGUUGGAGGAGCCCGGGAGGGGAGAACGGUUCAAAGGCGACGGGGAGAACGGUCUGGAUGGCAAGUCAAAAAGCCUCUCCCUGAUACUGGUUGAUAAUCCUGUUGGGAUGGAAAAGAGGGUGAAGAGUGGAUGGAGGUCGAAAGUACGGAUCCCUACAGGUGCCGAGGAUAAGGCGGUGGAGGAGGAGGCGGAAGAGGAGGAGGAUGGGGGGGAGGAGGGGAAGGAGGAGGAAAGGAAGGAGGAGGAGGGAUGUGUCGACACCAGACAAGGGCUUGGCAGUGAAGAAGCGAUCAAGGUUGGAUUGCCAUAUGGUAGUGGCGUUUCGGCCUCUGUUUCGAGAUUUGGAGCGCCCACUGAUGCUGCUGGGAUUUCUGUGCCCCAGGCGGCUGAGGAGGAGAGUGGCGGCCAGAGGGCGGCGGGCAGGUUGGAAGGAGCGAGGAGGAGAGUUGAGCCGGCAAAGCAUGGCGACGGCGCUGCUGGUGUACCUGCUGCUGUGAGUGCGUUCCCAGAGGCAGGGAAGGGGAGCGAAAAGGAGGGGAAAUGUCUGCGAGGCUUGAAAGAGCAGCAUGAUGACAUUGAUGCAAGCGAUACUGACUCGGAAGAGGACCACCAUGUGCUCGAUUCUCAAAGGAAGGGGAGUGAUGGGCUGCCGGAGGGGGAUAGCUGCACACCCAGCAGUGCCACUGCGGCUGCUGCAGCAACCAUGGCUGCCUUGGAGCGGAAGCACGGUGCGACGGGAAAAUACCAGGGUGGUGGUGAGUCUGCUGUGAAUCUCGAGGUGAUGGGGAAACGCUCCGGGGAGAUGAAGAGUAUGGGGCAGUAUCGAGACGAGAUUUUUUAUCGAGACGAGGCUGAGACACGGGUGGCUGCUGAUUUGGCUGUGAUUGGAGAUCUGCUUGUUGCUUCCAAGGGCGCAGGUGCAGUGAGUGUGGUAGUGGGGCAUGCGGUGGGUGUGGGUGUGCAUGCAGAGGCGAAAGGGGAGGGUGGGACUGGAGCAGCAGGGGCGGAUGGGGCUGGAGCAGUGAGGGAUUCCGGUGCAGCAGGAGAGGAAGUGAUUGGUGGCAGUGCACGUGCGAGGAGGAGCAGCAGUACCAGCAGCAGCAGCAGGAGCAGCAGCGGUGGAGAUGGAGUUGGUAGUGGGAGGGUGUGGCGCGGGCGAGGGGAUGGGGAGUCUUCACAGAAGCAGCAAGGCGGAGCUUUAAAGCAGACAUGUCUUGCACGUCACUUCUCAGGAGGAAGCAGGCAGCGUGGCAAUGCUUCCAGGCGUUCUGCCGUGCUUACUUCUGCUUCUGCUGGUGCUGGUGUUAAUUCUGGUGGUUCCGUUGAUGCUGCUGGCGGGGGAAGAGAUGAUAAGUUGGGUAGGAAGUCCUCAGUCUAUGCAGGAAGCAGCAUACGUGGGACUGUUUCUGGUGAAAAGUUUUCAUGGGCCACUCGUACCGGCUCUGCUGCCCAAUCUGCUUCUCGCUCCUUCACACAUGGUCUAGGUAGCCUGCCACAGGCGAAACAGCAACCGGGAAGGAAGGAGGAGGAGAAGCAGAUGGAACAGGCGGGGAAUGAGAGCAAACAGUAUGUGCAGGAGCAGGAGCAGGAGCGCGAGCAGGGGAAGGAGCAGGAGCUGGAGGUAUUAGAGCAAAACAUGCUGUGGGAUGGCGACAGUAUGGAUCGGCAAAAUUCGUUGCAGCAGGAGGAGGAGGAGGAGGAGGAGGAGGAGGGACAGAAGGAGCAGCAGGAGCAGGGGCUGGUGCGGCAGAGGCAAGGGGAUCAGGGGCAGGUGCUGUUGGAUUUGGAUGGCAUGGACGAGGAAGACGGGGCAAGGGGUGCACUUGGUGCUGUUGGUGCUGCUGUUGUGCGGCAGAGCAGCGAGAGGAAGAAACGAGGGGCGAAUGAUGGAGCAACGACAGCAGAAGUGGUUGCUAUUAACACGGUUGGUUUAGGAGCAAGUGGUGCUGGUGAGUCAGGCAAAGGGCAUAAGAGGUUCAAGAAAACAGGCAUGAAGACUCAGCAGCAAGAUAAGCCACAAGCACAGGUGCAACCACAACUGCAACCACCAGCACAAGUGCUACUGCCACCGCAAGCACUGCAAGCGCAGGUCUUACCUGGGCGGCCGCCCCUUCCCCGAACUGCAGGGACAGCAGCAGAACUGGGAGAGAAACAGCAGGGAGGGGUGAAGAAGUCACGUUGGAGGUGUGCCAAGACAGUCGGCAGCAGCACGGUUGCAGCGGCAGGCGGCACUGGUGCUGCAGGUAUGGGCAACUGUGACAUUGAUCUGUUGGACUCACCAGAAAGGGCUGCAUGGGAUAGGAUUGCCGGUGGCGGUGGUGCUGGUGCGGGUGCGAAUGGAAUUAUUGGCGGUGCAUUGCCAGCAGCAGCAGCAUCAGCAUCAGCAGCUGCAGCAACAGCAGCAGCAUUUCCUGAAGGUACAAGACGAACAGCAGCAAGCAUACGAGCAGCAGCCAGGGGCGAGCCAGCACCAGGCGAGGCAGCAGCAGCAGCAGCAGCAGCAGCAGCAGCAGCAACAGCAGAAGCAUCAGCGUUCGACGCACUAGCACCCAGCCGGCUGGGCAGAGCCAGCGGGCCUCCCCCACCGUACAAAUACGUGGACGUGGUUCGGAAGAAAUCAGACCGUGAGGCGCUGCAGGCAGGCGAGUGUGAGACGUGCCGCAAGUUCUACGAUGCUAUUCUGGACGGGGAUGUGGACGGUGUGAUGGUGCCCCGCUGUGAGCAGCACCAAGAGGCGUCUCGGCACCGAUACCGCUUUGCACCGCCGUCCACCCCGCCUGGAUUCUGGAAUGUGGGGUUUGAUUCUGAUUUGUGA